AUGGCAAAUCCGGUGCUGGAGUUCUUAUCGCGGCCGGCUAUUGUUGCGCCCCUCAUUUUGUUCGUGUCAUACAUCAUAUACCAGCUUUUCCUGAAGCCUUCGAACUUGCCUGACCUACCAGUCAUUGGAGCACGCAAAGGCGAUUGGUUUCCUAUUUUACAAGCCAAAAUUCGCAAUUCGCUCGAUGUCAAGGCCGCGCUCAACUCGGCGUACAUCCAGUACAGGAAUCAAGCCGCCAUUUUCCCUUUGAUUGACGGUGGAAACAUCAUUUAUCUUCCACGAUCAGAUACAAAGUUCGCGAGUGAGCAACCUACCAAUAUGCUCAGUAUGCAUGAAUCGGCACAGCAAGAUUUACAGACGGACUACACUACAAUGGACCCGUCCCUCACGCAUGAUCCUAUUCAUCUGGAACUGGUGACCACCACGCUUACCAAAGAGGUCGGAAAUCUCAUCCCGGAUCUCGCUGAAGAGAUUGAGCACUGUGUCAGCAAGCAGUUGGGCAAGAGCACAGACUGGUCUGAAAUCUGUAUCAUGGAAUCGGCGCAAAAGAUGCUCAGUGGUAUCACCAACCGAGCAUUCCUUGGCCUUCCACUUUGCCGAAAUGAAGAGAUGCUGAAACUGGGUAUUGCUUUCGCCCAGGAUAUUCCACUGUCGUCAAUGAUGAUGAAGCUAUUUCCAAGCUUCGUUAAACCGCUAGUUGCACCUCUCAUAACCCGACCCAACAGGAUUCACACGCGUGAAUUCGAGAAAAUCCUUGUGCCGGAGAUCAAGGCUCGCUUGGAAGAGUACGAUUCUCCAGAUCAACACAUCAAGUCCGAUCGGAACGAUUACUUGCAGUGGUUGAUUGAACAGGCCAAGGAGAUCGGCAACCCGAAGAACUGGCAGGUUAGCGCGCUGGCUCAACGUGUUCUGCUACUCAACUUUGCAUCCAUUCACACCACGACAUUUGCAGUCACUCAUGCUCUUCUUGACAUUGCUGCAUCAUCUCCCGAUCUUAUUCGUGAACUUCGCGACGAGGUAGAGAGCGUGCUUAAACAACACGAUGGCAAAUGGAACAAACGCGCCGUCGCGCAACUCGAGAAGCUCGACUCGGCAAUUCGCGAAAGCCAGCGCAAGAACUCCAUUGUCUCAAUCGGAGUUUCUCGUACUGUCGUAGCAGAAAAAGGCGUCACUUUUCCAUUGGGAACGCAUGUCCCCAAAGGUCUAAGAAUAGCUGUCCCAGGGUACUCGGUACUGCAGGACAGUGAGAUCUACCCUGAACCAAAGACUUACAAACCACUUCGCUUCUACGAUGCGCGACAAAACGAGGCCGAUGAGUACGUGAAGAGUGCGCGUAAUGCUUUGCCGACUGCGACGCAGGAUUUCUUGGCGUGGGGACUUGGUCGGAACGCGUGUCCGGGGAGGUUUUUUGCAAGCAAUGAGAUCAAAAUGCUGAUCGCUUGCAUUCUGCUGAAGUAUGAUAUAGGGCACUUGACUGAGCGACCGCGAAAUACUUGGAUCGCACAGAACAGGAUCCCUCCUAUGAAAGCAACGCUGAGAAUUAGGAAGAGAAUUUGA